AUGCGCGAUAAGUCCGAGUCGUCGAACGCGCAUUCUGGGAAGGACGGUUCUGGUCUCAGUUUUCCAAAACCGAGAUUAACAACUUCGAGCAGGGGCGGAAAGUUACCUAUACAGCGGCGCUCUCACAAGAAGUCGCGAAAUGGGUGCUUCUCUUGCAAGGCUCGUCGCAUCAAAUGUGGAGAAGAAAAACCUGAAUGCGCAAAUUGCGUCGGUUGGAGUGGGAAUUGUACCUACCCCUCGAGCUACACGAUUCAGGCUCAGCCCAUGGAUACCGGCUUGAUGCAGUGUUUUAGCAUGCAAGAUCUACAGUGCUUCCACCAUUACCUUCACGCAGCAUUACCCCAUUUACCCCUCGGAAGUGGCAGGCUGUGGCGCGAGGACAUUCCGCAACUAGCGUUUCACCGGCCAUACCUCAUGCAUGCCCUACUUGGCCUAGGAGCGUUCCAUCUAAACGCAGUGUGCUCGGAGGACAGGGCCUUUCGUCAGAGCGCAUUGGAUCACCGAAUUCGUGCGCUACAGAGUUUGAAGCAAGCCAUGUCGACCACCACGGCUGAGGCCAGUGAUGGAGGCGCAAUCCUGGCGGCUUGUUACGCCCUGGCAUUUCAAUCAAUUUACCUAGCCAACGGUAUGAACGAUUAUAUCGUGCUUGUCCGUGGCUGCUAUUUGACGACAAACGCGUUCCGCCAUCACGGGUCGAUCACUGCGCUGCCUGAUCAGCAUCUCCACCUCAUCGCCCAAGAAUUGGAAAAUAUGCCGAAAGCAAAAGCCCAGGAGAUACAAGAUGCCAUAGGAAGCCUCCAGCAGAUCAUGCCUUUGCUCCAAAGCACGCCAGAACUUGAAUUUUAUCAGGGCAUUGAAGACGUCUUUGCUGGACUACUCGAGUGUUCGCGACUCGGAUAUGAACGGUUUAUAUCGCUGUACAAUGCCUGGACAACCCAAGAGAGCUUUGAGACCCUGAAAGACAAUGACAACCUCACGAUGCAGCUACUUUUGUUCUUUUAUGUCCUGGAGUCCAUUAUUUUUGCUCCUUUGGCCCCUUGGGAUUUCCCAGAAGACGCGCCCAUAUCCGAACACAGACUAAAAGGAAUGGUGGAAUGGUCUGACAGUAUCUGGGCAAAUUUGCCAGAAGGGCUCAGAUGGUAUCUGCGGUGGCCGAAGUCCGUUUUGGAUAGAGUGAGGCUGAUAAAGGAUGAACGAACAGGGGAGUCACCUUGGAAGGAUGCAAUCAGAAUACUUUUCGUUGAUGGCGAGAAGUGUUAG